GCGUGUCAUGCGUCCUCUGGUCGUUCUUCAGUUCGCCAGGCAACCGCUAACCUUGAUGCGUAAGAGCGACUGAAACCCAACAGAAAAAUAUGGUCGCUAAAUCCUGUUUCAGCUGUUUAGAAUGCGCCGAUCUAUUCAUAUUCAAUUAUCAGUGAUAGCCGGUUGUAGGAAAAUGGCGCUCAUCCAUGCCGCUUUAAUAGCGUCGGCCCUCUUAGGCCUCUACCACCAAGUGCAAGCUGAAUACAUCCCUCCGGGGCCCCUCUACAGGUGCCCCAAGGAGAAGCUGCUGCUCCACCCCUGCAGUUGCGACGUGGAGUCCGACCAGGGGCUCUGGAUCAGUUGCAACAACACCAACAUUGCCAGCAUGAGUUUGGCCCUCAACAAUUUGGCCACCUUCGAGUUGCCCAUCGAAACUCUGACUAUCAAAAGUUGCCACAUUGCGAGACUUUUCGGCAGCCUUUUGUACAAGCUGAAACUUCGGGUGCUCCGGAUCGAGGAGACUCCGCUAGAGAUAAUUGAUGAGUUCUCCUUUUUGGGAGUGAACAACACGCUGAACGAGCUGCACAUCGUUAAUUCCAGUCUAUUGGAGCUGCCCCUGGCUGCUUUUAAGAUACUGGGAAACAUCACGGUGCUCAAUAUCGACGGGCACAACAUAAGCGACCUGCCGAAGGAGGCGUUCUUCGAGAGCGAAAUGAGCGGAAAACUGCUGAAACUGCACAUUGUGAACGGCCAUCUAAACACCCCGCCGAUUGAGGCUUUGCAGCCGCUCAGAAAAUUGAAGACGCUAGACCUGCACGGCAAUCGGAUAAAAGAGCUGAAAAGGAACCAAUUUAAAGGGCUGCGAGAUGUCGAAAUUCUGGAUUUGAGCUUCAACAUGAUUCCGAAAAUCGAUUCGAGCCAUUUGGCCGAUUUGACGAAAAUGUCGUGGCUUAACGUCUCUCAUAAUAGUCUGAAGGAACUUACCAGAGGAGCGUUUGCAAGAAACACGGUGCUGCGUGUGCUCAACAUGUCGUUCAAUCAAAUAAAGAAGCUGGAUUCGAACUCGUUUCGUGGAAUGAGGUUUUUGCGACGACUGUUCCUGUCUGAUAACCUAAUUGGGGACGUCGGUCGCGGCACUUUCGGCUCAUUGCAGCGCAUCGGAACUAUAGAUCUGGCCAGGAAUUUGAUCAAGAAAGUCGACUACCAGAUGUUCUUCCAGCUGAACUUUAUUGAGCUGCUCGAUUUGUCGGAGAAUCAAAUCACCGAGGUGCAAAAGCUCGCCUUUAAGGAUCUCUAUCUGUCCACCAUCAACAUGGCGAAAAACCAAAUCAGCACCAUCGAGAGUGGGGCGUUUGAGAACUGCGCCAAUGUGACCAAGUUGGACUUGUCCGAAAACCAGCUGCGGGACAUUCCGAAGAGGGCGUUUGACGAAACCACCUACGCCACUGAGCUGCAGUUGGCCCACAAUUUCUUCACCAGCAUGGAACAGAUUCCGCUGCACAACAUGACAGGGCUGAAGAUCUUGAACGUGUCCCACAAUCAGAUCGAAACCGUGCCCAAGAAAACAUUCCCAAAACUAUAUGAGUUGCACACGAUCGAUCUGUCCUACAACAAUCUAUCUGACAUAUUUAAUUCGGUUUUCACCACGCUGUUCUCCCUGAGGACGCUCGAUCUCAGCCAUAAUUCUUUAGAGGCCAUUAAGCCGAGCACUUUCGGUCCGCUGCCGACUCUUCUUAGGCUGGAUAUGAGUUUCAACAGGUUGGAAACUAUCGCCAAGAGCGCCCUCACCAGAUUGGCCAGCACGCGGGAACUGAUUGUGAGCCACAACAAGUUGAGCGCGUUGUUCAUCUUGCCGAUUUCCACUUCUCAUCUGGACCUGUCCCAUAACGAGUUCGAAACGAUCCCCCCCAAGCUGUGGCCCUCCAUGAAUUCCCUUCUCAGUUUGGACUUGAGUUUUAACCGGCUGGGCGAUAGCCUGGAGCACGGCAGUUUUACGAACUUGCUGACACUGCAAAAAUUGAAUUUGAGUUACAACGGCUUGACUCGACCUCCGUGGACGUCGAUAAGCGAACUGACUGCGCUGCAAUAUUUGUACGUGCAGGGCAACAACUUGACGACACUGCGCCGGAACGCAUUCGGCAAAGUUCCGGUGAUGUUCGAGCUCGACCUCUCCAACAACGCCAUCAACAACGUGAGCACAAGAGCCUUCGAGGGCCUGCUUCAGCUCAUCCAUCUCAAAAUGAACAACAACAAUAUUAGCGUCAUUCCUAACGGAGCGUUCCAGGGUUUAGUGUCUCUCACCGAUUUGGACUUGUCGCAAAACAGGCUGGUAAAACUGGACAACAAAACAAACGGCAUUUUCGACGAUUGUCUGUCUCUAGAACGGUUGAACCUUAGCCAUAACCGAAUCACGUUCAUAACGAGAAAGAUGUUCCCCAGCAAUCCCUACAUCCCCUAUAAGCUGAAACAGAUUGAUUUGUCCUAUAACUUUAUUCCGGUCAUCACCUACGACUUGACCUUUGGGACGUCGAAAUUGGAAAAACUCAAUAUGAGCCAUAACGCGAUUGCAGACGUGAGGAAAGGCGUGAUUGGCAACCUGACUAGUGCCAAGCUUUUGGAUCUCUCCUACAAUAAGCUGCACGACCUGACAAGCGAUCCGGACUUCUUCCGGCUACCUCCCAACAUAUCCAGCCUGCUACUGGCCGGUAACGAGCUGACAGAGUUGCCGUGGCCGCACCUUAAGAACGUGUCGCACUUGAAGUUGGUCGACUUAAAGGACAAUCUUCUGGACCAAAUUGCCCAAAAUGCCAGCGACCUUAUCAUGAGUGGGACCGAAAUCGCCUAUGAAG